GUGCAAUUAUUUUACCUUUUUCAAUAAUUAAAAUAAAUAUUCGAAACUGAAACAAUUUUUUUUUGGAUAGUUCAAAAGAGAUUUUACUUCAAAAGUAAUACACCAUUGUGCCAUCUAUUAAAGUAUCUUUAUAAAUAGUGUAAUGUUUCCUUUUUGAUUCUUGUUAUCGUUAUGUCAUUCCUACAUUUACAAAGAUUUAAAAAAGAAUAUAAAAAUAUAUUAUAUAAAUUUUAGGAAAAAUAAAAAUGUAAAUGAAUAUCACUGAGUAUACGUCAGUAUUUCAACAAGAAACAUGGCAAUUAUUUUGGUAUGCUAUAAUUGGAAUAUUCGGAUUUAUUGGAAAUGGCAUUGUAAUGACCGUUAUUUUACUAUCAAAAAAAAUCAAUCGCAAAUCAUCAUUUAAUGUCGCCAUAUUUUCAUUAGCACUUGCCGAUUUUUUGGUAUCAAUACUUGGUUUACCAAUUUAUUAUAUGUCAACAGACUCCUUUAAAAAUCAUCCCAUUGGUAAAAAAGGAGAUUGGAUGUGUAUGCUUUUGACAGGUUAUUUUUUACCCUAUUGGUUUCUAGAUGCUUCAGUUUUUUUACUUGUGUAUAUUGCGAUUGAGAGAAGAAACACAAUUUUGUAUUAUAAUUCUUUGAAACUAAAUUCAAGUUCAUUUAGAACCAAACUACUAACAAUGGUUGCAAUUUACUUAUUUGCUUUAAUAGUACAAUUUUCAAGUGCAUAUUUUUUAGUUUAUGAUACAGAAAAAAAAGAAUUUGGAAACUACUGUCGGUAUAAUUUAUCGCAAAACCAGUCAGCCGUUCUUAAAAUUAUUUUAUUUACUGUUGACACUCUAGUUCCUAUUGUAGUUAUUUCGUAUUGUUUUUACCAGAUUUUUUUGUCGCUUAAAAUAAUUGACAAGUUAUUAAGAAAAUCAAUGGUUACACCUACGUGCAAAAGAAUUAAAAUCGAUGUUGUUCAUGAUCGUAAGGUAAGAACAAUAAAAACAAUUGUUAUUAUCGCCUUAGCGUUUUGUAUUUGUAUUAUACCGAACCAACUACUAUUUGUCUUAUCAUCAAUACAUAAAUCUUUUUUUGCUUGGAAUGGAAUAACUUCGCAAAUAUUUGUUUUAAUGCGAUUUUCAAAUUCAUUUGUCAACCCUUUUGUAUACUGUUUCCAGAGUAAAGAGUUUAGAAAACAUUUUUCAUCGAUGUUGGUUUUCAACUUCCGAAAAAAAUAUUUGACUCCAACCGGUUGCAAAUAUUCCGAUUAUCAACAAUUACCUGAUAUAACUUUGAAAUAAAUUUUAUUUUGAUAUGACUUUGAAAUGAA